CUUCUAUAUUAAGUGUCAUAGAGCCUCACAUUAUAGUUGAAAGUCUCAUUUGAGUAAAUCUCAGUGAGUAAAUAAAAUAAAUAGUAAGAGUAAUCAAUAAUUCACUUGUUCUCGAGCUCAGUCAUCACCUCCGUCAUCUCACUAAACGUAGGGCUCGAAUCAACCAGACAGAAGUGAUACCUGAAGAGAUCUGAUUAGUUCACCGGAGAUAAAUGGGGAGGACGACUUGGUUCGACGAAGACGGUUUGAAAAAAGGAGAGUGGACGGCGGAGGAAGAUAGGAUGCUCGUCGCUUAUAUCAGCGAAUACGGUCUCGGGGACUGGCGUGCCAUGCCUAAGAGAGCCGGUCUGCAAAGAUGUGGAAAGAGUUGUAGAUUAAGGUGGCUGAACUAUUUGAGGCCUGGAAUUAAAAGAGGCAAGUUCACUCCUCAGGAGGAAGAAGAUAUCAUCAAACUUCAUUCUGUCCUUGGUAACAGGUGGGCAGCAAUAGCAAAGCAAAUGCCUAACCGAACAGACAAUGACAUAAAGAAUCACUGGAACUCAUGCCUUAAGAAAAGACUCGUUAGAAGCGGAAUCGAUCCUAUGACCCAUGAGCCUGUCGUCAGCGUCAAAGCUACUAACUCCCCAACGACGUCGUCUCCAUUACUGACCCCUUCUUCUACUUCUUUCUCUUUUUCCCCGACAAGUUCUGCACGUCUACUUAACAGGCUUGCUGCUGGAAUCUCCUCAAGAAAACAUGGACUCGAUAGGAUCAAGAAUGUGAUAUUAUCAGAACCAAGACAAGCUGUGGAAGAAAAUAAGUUGAUGAUAAGCAGCAAGGAAGACGAGGAAGAAGAAGUGAAUGGUUGUUUCAUGGAAAUUGAUGAUAACCUGAUCAGUACGACAUCGUUAGAUGAGUUACUUUGUGAGCCCUACGAUCUGUACCAGUCUGAUUUCUAUCAUGAGACUGGUCACUACGAUCUGUACCAGUCUGAUUUCUAUCAUGAGACUGAUGACCAGCUUGACCUGUUCCUCGAAAUUCACUCUUUUGGACAAGAUUUAUCUUGAAUCUCUCUUUAUUGAAUCUGUUUGUUUAGUAAAGAGAGAAAGAGGUUCCUGCAAAAACCAAGUGCUUUUAGUAGUUUAGUACUAUUAAUGGCAUGCAUGGUCAAUGUUUCUGUGUUUUGACUGUUAUCUUUUCUUGUUCGAUUACCUCUCUCUCUCUUGCACAUGCCCUACAUGCAUAUCUGAGGAAGGGUUUCAUGCCA